UGAUGUUAGAUAAUCAGCCGGACCGGAGAAUUCCACAUCCCGAACUGCUGCUCAUGGUGUUUUUACUGCUUGACGUACGUGACCUACAGCUCCGACAAUACUCCAUCCUGCAAAAGAGCUUAGAGCUCUGCCCGUGUGUGCCGAAUUGGCCAAUAUUUAUCUCCUAAAUCAUUCUCGCACGGAGUUAUUGGUGCACAAAUAACCCUCGGGAGAUAAACAGACCCCAUGGCCGACUACGAGCGUCGACAUAACGGUCCUAGGGGUGGUGGUGGUGGUGGUGGUGGGCGCAAGCGGCGCUUCAGAGAGGACGAUGACUAUGAUCGUCGCCAGAGACGCAGAUAUGAGGAGCCUCUUGUUGUUAAGGUCCGAAGACAGCUGCUUACAAUUGCUGAGUCGGCUGCGAGACGGGCAGAGGAUGAUGCUUUGAGCAUCGCGAAAAGCGUGACUGAGAACUAUGAGGACGAGGAGUUGAAGGGAACUUAUAUUGAUAUUGUUCUUGAUCUUAUCUUAGAGCAGCCAUUGAAGAUCCCCUUCAUCGCAACGACCGUUCUCGUCGCCAACACCCUGAAGUCAGAGGUUGCCGCUGAUGUAUUGAAAAAGUGCGGCGAAUGUUUCCAGAAGCAUGUUAAUGCUGGCGCCUGGCGCGAGGUCAAGCUCCUACUACGAUUUCUGGGUUGUCUACAGUGUAUAUUUGAAGGGGAGGGUGUGUUUUUGGUCCUGGAGGAACUAUUCGCUCGUGCUGUCGACCUCCAGACGGCCUCUUCUGAGGAUUUGCUCGGGUUAGAACUCGUCAAGGCUAUCCUUUUCACCAUUCCAUACAUCAUGGCCUCGCCGGCAAAGGGACUUGAGAGCCAGGCAGCUGCCUUGCUGGAAAAGACGGAUAUCAUUGCAUCCACCCCACACGCGCUCGUGGAUCUGGUGAACCCCUUCGGCCCGGAUACCGAGAAGCCAACGUCUGUCCAUAGCGUGAUUAGCCUUAUCCAGACUCAGCUACAAGCAGAGUCCGCUCAGGGCUGGGAAUUGGCAUGCCUGCCUCGGCCGUGGAACCAUGUGCAAGACGGCGAUGAAGAACCAAAACGCCUCGAAGAUGGACCCAAGCACGCUUUCCCUGAAAUUACUAUCCCUAACCCUGUGCACAAUGGAACGCGGGCGAUCUUCCCCGAAGUGUAUUUCUCCGUGUAUGCAAACCAAGAGAUUGAGACAGUUCCUCCAACGUCUGAUAUUGCUUCGUCUCUAAUGCGAGACGUCCUCGUUGAUACAAUCAACAUUAUGGACUUCAAUCGCAUUGCUGCUGCCAAGUAUCUGAUUGAUGCCGAUUGCUAUUUCACGCCAAAGACAUUCGUGAAGCGCGCUACCCCAUUUGAUAGACUCCGUGAUCUCGCGGGAGACCAUCCGACGUGGAAGCCUGAGGACGUGGCCGUGGAUGCCGUCUUCUCGCAGCUUUUCCAGCUGCCUUCCCCAGAGCACAAGCUCGUCUACUAUCACUCAGUGCUCACUGAGUGCUGUAAGAUUGCUCCAGCCGCGAUUGCGCCAAGUUUGGGACGUGCAAUCCGCUUUUUGUAUGGCAGUCUUGAUACAAUUGACUUGGAUUUAAGCCAUCGUUUCCUGGAUUGGUUCACUCACCACUUGAGUAACUUCGGUUUCACCUGGAAAUGGAGUGAAUGGGUCGAAGAUCUAGAACUUCCUGCAAUCCACCCACGGAUGGCAUUCAUUACUGGCGCUCUGGAUAAGGAAAUCCGGUUGAGUUUCGCGCAGCGCAUUCGCGGGACGCUUCCAGACCCCUAUCAGGAUCUGAUCUCGGAAGGAAAGGAGAAGGACACUCCCGACUUCAAGUACGCAUUAGAGACCACACCAUAUGCCAAUGAAGGCAAAGAAAUUAUGCAGCUCAUUCGCAAGAAGGCAACGGACGAGGAAAUCCAGCCUUUUAUCACCGCCAUUGAAGAACAGGCAAAGGAACACGGGGUUGAGGAUCUCUUGCUUCCCUCUACGGAUGCUUUCGUUACCGCCAUCUGCUUCGUUGGCUCGAAAUCCCUCUCGCACGUCCUGUCGUGCAUUGAGCGAAACAAGGAGCGACUACUAGCAAUUGGACCCCAGUCGCCCGCUGCACGCCGCCAGAUCAUUACCUCCGUCAUGGAGUACUGGGUCGAUCAACCGGGCAUCGGUAUCAACAUCAUCGAUAAGUUGCUGAACUACACCAUUCUUACUCCUCUCUCCGUGAUCGAGUGGGCCCUCGUCGACAAGCUCGAUGCCGGAACCAUCCUGGCAAAGGCGCCCAUCUUCGAAAUGAUUUCGGCCACAGUCGGCAAGGUCACCAACCGUCUGCGCCAGAUCGUCGCUGCACGCACCCAGCCAGGUCUCUACGAACCCCAACUCAGCGUCCUCGACGAGACCCUCACCCGCGAAAAGGCAGACAUGCACGCGCUCUUCCGCGUCAUCGAAGACUCUGUCGUCUCAGUCGCAGGCGGCUCCAACGACCAACUCAUGGAACGAGGCGACGGAAGCGGCGACCUUCCCGAAGAUGAAAUCAUCCGCCAAUGGGGACAACGCUGGCUCCGUGUCUUCCGUCGCAAGGCUGCUGUCGAGGAGUCCUAUAUCGCAGAUGCAAUGGCGACCGCUACUCCGGUUGGUACAAAUGCGCCUACCCCACCCCCACAGAACGAGAGUGAGAAUGAAAAUGGUGCCGAGGAUGCCCCAGCUGCAGAUGGGGACAUGGAUUUUGCCGAUGCAGAUGGACCCGUUGAGCUCUCAUAGAGAGAUCGGAUCUGAUAUCCAUCCAUCCAUCCAUCUUAUCUCUUUUCUCCCACCUUUUCAUCUUUUUUUCCCCUCUCCCUCAUCUCUGUCUCUGUUCUCCCCAUGUACCUUGACUAUUACUUGUUGGGCUAGGUUAUCAAAGUAGCGUUGUCUGUAUUGGGUAUAUCCACCACCAUGAUAAAGUCUUCAUUUCAUUUCAUGGUCAUCAUUUCGUCCUGUAUUUUUCCCUCUUAAAUAUUUGGCUCCUUGUAUUCAUAGCUGCAUUCUCAUCGACAUGUCAGAAAAAAAAAAAAAGAAAGAAAGAAAGAAAGAAAGAGAAAAACACCAGACGAAUAUUAAACAAUUUGCAAAGGAGGCUAUCUUGUUCGGGGAGUUUUGC